UGCCCAUAGGCUACACUACUACCAUCACGUCUUCCACUAGUACGACCACCUCGCCUGCCAGUUCCUGCGCCCCACUACCACGCCGCCCACUCCGUCCCGUCCUCCCGGCCGGGUACCGUACCACGGCGAUGGCCGCCGCCCAGUGACGGGCCCGCCCGGCGGCAUGCCAGACGACGCUGCUUACCUCCUCUGCGCCGAGGACGCCACCGCCGCCUUCUUCGGCGCAGCGGCCGCCGCCGGCAGCGCCUGCACCGGGGCCGACGACGACGACGACGACGCCGACGGGAGCUGCUGCUCCGCAGGCGAGGAGGAGUCGGCGGCCUCCAUCGCCGAGCUCAUCGGCGGCGAGGCCGACUACUCGCCGAGGCCGGACUACCCCGACCGGCUCCGGUCGCGGGCCAUCGACCCGGCCGCCCGGGCCGAGUCGGUUGCAUGGAUUCUCAAGGUGCAAGAGUACUAUGGAUUCCUUCCCUUGACAGCCUACCUCGCCGUCAACUACAUGGACCGGUUCCUCUCCCUCCACCGUCUGCCGCAGGAGGACGGGUGGGCGAUGCAGCUGCUGGCCGUGACCUGCCUCUCCCUGGCCGCCAAGAUGGAGGAGACCCUCGUGCCCUCCCUCCUGGACCUACAGGUCGAGGGCAUCAGCAGAUACGUGUUCGAGCCCGGGACGAUCGGCCGGAUGGAGCUGCUCGUCCUGACCGCGCUGAAUUGGCGGCUCCGGUCGGUUACGCCCUUCACCUUCAUCGACUUCUUCGCCUACAAGGUCGAUCCAGGAGGGACGCACACGAGGUGCCUCAUUGCCCGGGCCACACAGGUCAUUCUAGCUGCAAUGCAUGAUAUCGAGUUCUUGGACCACUGCCCAUCGUCAAUGGCCGCAGCGGCCGUGCUCUGCGCCACCGGCGAGACUCCGUCGCUGGAGUCCGUCAGCCCCGGGACCGCCGUCCGCUGGUGCAUUGGCCUCGGAGAGGAAGCGAUCAGCAGCUGCUACAGACUGAUGCAGCAGCUCGUGAUCGGCAAUGUUCAGACAAGAGCGGCCAGCACCACAGCAUCAGCAGCGAACCUGUGCUGCUCACACGAGGUCCUGUCCUCGCACUCCUCGUCCUCCUCAUCGGCUCCCCCGGCUAAGAGGAGGAAGAGGUCGCCGCCGGGCAUUUGAAACGGAAGAGCGCAAGUAGAUAGCAUUAUUUUAAUGGGGCUUUUUUUGGCAGAUUAACAGGGUUUGAUCGAUUUCCUUGCAGUUUGCUGUUUGUGUUCCUGCUAUUCUUUUUUUUUUCUUUUUUCCUUUUGUUCUCUUCUUUUGGGGUUGGAUCUUUACACCUCCGUGGGGGGCUCCGCCUGCUCGAUCGGCCCAGCCAUGAUGGCGGCCUCUGGCCUCUGCACUACCGGCCAGUCUGUGAAGGUGUCGAGAUGGAGAGAUGGAGGCAUCUGGAGAGAGAAAGGCAGCAGCUGCAACAGGCACAUUUGUGUUUCUGUGUACAACGCUUCAGGGGCUGUUUGGAUGUUUGGAUAUCAAUUAGAAGUACUAAAUAUAGGUUAAUUAUAAAACUAAUUGCAUAAAUGGAGGCUAAUUUACGAGAUGAAUCUAUUAAGCCUAAUUAGUCCAUAAUUUAAUAAUGUUAUGCCACAGUGAACAUGUGCUAAUGAUGAAUUAAUUAGACUUAAUAGAUUCGUCUCGUGAAUUAGUCUCCAUUUAUGCAAUUAAUUUUAUAGUUAGCUUAUAUCUAGUACGUCUAAUUGGCAUCUAAACAUUUAAUAUGACCCAGACUAAAAAUUAACCAUAGAUCCGAAUAGUCCUCAGUCUCAGUGGAUCUUCUUCAACCCCGACGCAGAGCUGCAGAGGAACCAUUGAUUGGUCAGCGAGGAAGCCAUGGCUGCAGAUGCAGAGGAGUUAAAAAGGAGGCAGUGAGAUGCAGGGAGUGGAUGGAUGAUGAUUGGUUGGGUUAAAUGGGGUGGUCAAAGAGCGGUCAGGGCUCCUGCCAAGAUGCAGCCGGUCCUGCCCCUGCAAAGUUCCUGUUCAUAUUCAUGAGGGCAAAAAUUGUUUGUUUCCGAGUGGUUUGUUGGUAUUUUGUUGAUGCUACUGAAGCGAGCGUCAGAGGGAGGGGGGGCAUGCUUUGCUGUGAUGGGAGGCACAUGCAGGCGUGCCCUGGUGUGUGGUGGUGCUCCGGAGGGAAAUAUUUGUCCAUCUCCGGGGCUAACAGUGUCCAAGCAUGAGGCUUUUGGGGGCCCCUUGCUAUUUGUUCCCAUUUGUAUCUCUUUUUUGAGCAUCAAUAAGGAUCUUGCCAUUUGAAUUGGCUUGAGAAGAGAGAGAUAACUUCUGUGUUUUACUU